GAAAAAAAGGCGCGCCCAUUCCACUGUGCCAGACCUGAGGGUAGCCAUGGCACAAGGGGAAAAGUUGCAGCAAUGCGCGGGACGCCCAAUUGCUGCCGCCGCCGAGGUCGUAGGAGCUGAGUCAUGCACCCUUCCCACACAUGUACACCUCCAGGCUGAAUUAGCUGAAGCCCAAGACAAUCGAGGACCACGCAAUUCAAAACCUCCAGACAUAUUUCGAGAAGACGACAACAAUGUGCAGGAGUCCAGAACAAGCCAUAUCCGUCCACUAUACUGGCGCAGGGUGAUGUAACGCCUGGCUUUUCUCUUCUCUCCGUUCAUACGAUGACAGCAACCAGCUCGCCAUCGGCGUUCAAGCGAGUGUCACCAGGUUUGAGCCAGUGGCCCUUGCCACAUUUGAGCACAUGGCGUUUGAGCAUUCCUCGUGCGCAUCAUGCUCGUCCUCCUCCUCAUCCGACUAACUAUUUGAUUGCCAUCACUUCUCUGCACCCUUUCUGGUUCGUACAGACGCACCGCUCCCCCACGCCCUUGCUUCAACAUCAUCCUAAGAGCGGCCUGGUGAGAGGAGAUUCCGAACGCUUGUUGUGCACAGUCGCGAGUGUCCUCCUGACCCCCGCUUGUGCUUCCUCGUGUUCCUCCUGUUCCCCUUGCUCUGGCCUUCCUCCCAAGCGCUCUUGUUCACCCCGCCCCGCUUCAGAGGCACGCCGCUGUCGUGUUCGCAACGAAGCCUGGGAGGCCCUCGAGUCGGCCGUCGGCGCCGGCAGCGUCGACAUGCUGGCCGCGGCCAUCAGCUCGGCGGAGGCCGCUGGCUUGACAGAGGCGCAGCUGGCCACCGCGCGCGAGCGGCAUGACGCGCUGCGCGAGGAGGCGCAGCGACGGCAGGCGUACGACGUGGCGCUCGUCGGCUUGCGAACUGCAUUGCAGCGUGGCCAGGACGCCGAGUUCGUCGAGCCCGUUGUGCGGCACGCUGUCGAGGUGGGCGUUGCGCCGAGGGCACUGAUGUCCCCCUUGGCGGACGUCGAAGGCGCUCAGGAGCUGGUGACGGGUGCCGCCGCGCUUGUGCUGGAGGCGGCCGUGCGCGAGGGCGCCUCCGCGCGGAGGGCGGCCGCGGGCGGCCUCUCGUUCCUGGAGCGCGCGCAGGAGUGGUCGAGGGCCGUAGGCGUGAGCGCAGAGUUGCUGGAGAAGGCCCGCGCCCAGAGAGCGUCGGCGUCCGAGAAGGUGGCCGAGAAGGCGCACGGCGAGGCGGUGAAGGCCGACGCUGCACAGGCGUUGGCCGCCGCAUGGCAGAGUCCCGACGCCACCACCUGCUCGCUGGAUAUGGCCAUAUUCGCUGCGAGGUUUGCUGGUGUCAACAAGCGGAUGCUCAAGUUAGCUCAGCGCCGCCGUGACGAGCUGGCCCAGGACGAGGAAAAGCGCGCCGCCGAGGCAGGGCUGCGGGCCGCUGUGGCCGCGGGCCGCGGCGACGCCUUGGAGGAGGCCAUCCAGGGCGCCGUCGAGGUGGGGGCGGAUGCCCAGAUACUCGGGAAGGCGCUGGACGAGAGGCUGGCCGUGCACAAGCGGCAGGCAUGCGCCGAGGCAACGAGAACUCUCAGGCUCGCCAUGGCUGGGGAGGACGCGGAGGCGUUGACGGCGGCCGCGGACGCGGCCGAGGCCGCAGGCGUCAGCCGCGAGGUGGUGGCCCGCGCCCGCAGGAAGGUCUCGCGCGGGGUGGGGGGCGCCACGGGCGACGCGCCGGUGUGA